UUGGUGAGAUUCAGAAUGGAAAUACUUUGUUGGCUUCCUUCUACCGGUCACUGACUGUCUAGGAUAUGUAGUCUGGGUGUAUACGCCAAAGAAGUUGAACACGAAACUCAUAGUGUUCACCACUUCCUGUAAUGUCUGAUUUUAAACAGACGGUGACGUCAAUGACUCAGCUGAAAACCAACAAACAGACACAACGGAAGAGUCACAUUUAAAGUACAUGUUGUGUUAGACUAUCUACUCCCCAAUUGAUGAUGACGCUUCCCACAAACUCCACCGAUGACACCAUCCCUCAGUGCGUCGUCAAUGACCAGAUGGAGCCUUUCAGCGUGCUCUACACCCUGGUCUUUCUCAUCAGCAUGGCUGCCAACCUGGUGGCUCUGUGGGUGUUCGUACACAGCUACAAUGCCAAGAAGAGCAUCAAUGUCUACCUGGUCAAUCUCCUGACCGCUGAUCUCCUGCUCACCCUGGCCCUGCCCUUCAAGUUGGCCAAAGACCUGGGUGUGGCGACCUGGGGCCUCAUGGUCUUCCACUGCCAGGUGAGCGCCGUGGUAGUCUACAUCAGCAUGUAUGCGUCCAUCUUCUUCCUCACCUUCAUCAGCGUUGACUGCUACAUACAGAUCAGCCAGAGCUCCAGACUCUUCCGUAUACAGGAAGUGGGCUUCGCCAGGCUGAUGUCAGUGGUGGUGUGGCUACUUGUGCUCCUCAUCAUGGUGCCCAACAUGGCCCUGCCCAUCCAGGACAUCCAAGAGAGGGAAUUCCUGAGCUGCUCCAAGCUGAAGCAAGAGGUGGGACUCCACUGGCACGGCCUUGCAGUCUUCCUCUGUACCAUCCUGUUCCUCAACGCGUCCACGGCCGUCCUCAUCUCCAACGGUCUGGUGCUAAAGAGGCUGCUGGCGAGCAGGAAUGACCCUGACCAGUGGUGCCAUGCUCGCCGUGCCACCAUCAAUGUUACGGCGGUGACGGCAGCGUACGUGGUGUGCUUCGUGCCGUACCAUGUGGUACGGACGCCCUAUACGCUAGCCCAGACUGAGGUCAUCACUCCAGACUGCCAGACCAAGAGGCACCUCUUCCUGGCCAAGGAGUCCACAUUACUGCUGGUGGUGCUGCACCUCUGCCUGGACCCCGUGCUCUACUACUACUUCUCCAAGGCAUUCAGACAGAGGGUCAGGGAGGUGUUCAGGAGUAGGAGGAGCAGGCGGGAUUCGAACACCAACCCAACACCUGACCCUGCAGCUGAAGACUUGAAGCUGUAGCCAAUAACUGCCAAGGAGUAGGAGAGCGAGAGGGGUUGACAAAGAGAAAGAAACAGAGAGAGAGAAAGAGAGAAUGACCAUGGCAUGAAAAAUGUGCCGGCAAUGUUUUACCAACCACUUUCCAAUAGAGUAGCCUAUAGGCCUAGACAAAAAUUAUUCUUCGCUGUUAGAUGUUAUGAUUGCAUUGUUUUAUAUUUCAUUGUUGCAUGAUCACACUGA